AUGUGGAAGUUACUAGCUAUACUUGCGGUCGCGCAGGCUGUGAAUUGUAAUCCCAGCCCCCCACUGGAACAAGGCAGCAAUAGACAAAAGAGGCUAUUAUUUUUCGAUGAACAAGGAAGCCUUGUUAAGACCUAUGCCAACCCACAUCAAUACAACCUUGGAUAUUAUGAGAAAGACAAGAAUCCGUUUUUCUUUAAUUAUUUGAAUCCAUUUUAUAGCCUCCUACGACCAAACACCAUUGCAUCAUCUGUAGUCUAUACUAUACCAGUGUCAGACGCAGUAUUGAAGCAACUCUAUAUGGACCCAUUAUACCACAAUCAGCUGAUAGUAUUGCCAACCCGAAAGCCAGUAGUAGAAGCGAGCCCUCUCUGCUCAGGAAAACGAACACAGAUACCAUCUCCAAACCUCUGCAGCAACUUCCUCAAUUGUUGGGACGGCUGGGCCUGGGAACAGGAGUGUCCUGCUGGCCUUUUGUUUUCAAAUGAAGGAUAUUGUGACUAUCAGUAUAAUGUAAAUUGCAACCAACGAUAUGUUAAAGAAGAACCGAAGCCGCUAUGCAAUAAAGAGUUUGAGGCUUUUAAAAACAGUGAUAACUGUAAGGAGUUCUUCAUUUGUGUCCAUAAACUACCUAUGAAGUUUCAGUGCCCAGAGGACCUAGCUUAUAACGAGGAACUAGGGGUAUGUGAUUACCCAGCUAACGUGCACUGUAAUAUGACACUAAAUGUCACCACUCCAGCUCCUCAAGCUAUAGAGGUUUCAACUACCGCAUCGAAGGACCCAAGUAGUUCAACAACCACACCGGAUAAGCUUAUGAUGAGCAAGACGGAGUUCAAUAGUCAAAGCUGGAAAUCUGUUCAAGUGGCGACGUCUCGACAGGACGCCAUCAAGCAACUAGGUCAGCUUCCUCACAUACAUACCGGUUACUAG